AUGGAUCGCAACACCGUCCACCUGUACGAGGCACUGGGGGUGCCAAAGACCGCCACCCAGGACGAAAUCAAAAAGGCAUACAGACGGUUGGCUCUGAGAUAUCACCCUGACAAGGUCAACGUCGCCGAGGUGCCAGACCAUGAAACAAGAUUCCGAGAUAUCGCCGCAGCCUAUGAAGUCCUGAGCGAUCCCAAGAAACGCCAGGUUUACGACAAAUACGGCAUGAUGGGAGUACAGAUGGCAGGCACAGAGAUCGGAGCACAGUUGAUUGAGAUCGAGAGUCUUCUUUGCUCGCUCUUCCUUGCUGCCUCGAUUAUUUUCGUUCUCGCCAUUAUCUUCUUCAGCUUCUUGACUGUGCGGGUCGACGGCAAAGUCAACUGGAACUACUCGGUCGUCUUUAUUCCUCUCUGGAUUCUGGAUGCAACUCUGGCCUUUAUGGUCAUCAGUCAGCUUCUUCGACCAGUCGAAUCGGACGAUGACGAUGACGAGGACCACGAGGAUAACGAGGAUGGCGCAUCGAGAGGAGGCAGUCAGGAUGAGCGCAAGGCUCAAAAGCUGAAGGAGAAGAAGAGCGCCAAGGUCAGGGGAGGCCUAUUUUCCUUGUUCAUUGUUGCCCUGUUGACCGCAUUCCAGGUCUUGAUCGUCAAGAGAGCCAACGACACUUCCAGCAUCUCGGGGCCAGCUAUUUUUGCACCUUACUUUGUUCUGGAGGCGAUCAUGUUACUCUCGUCUCUCCUCUACACCUUCAUGGCCCUCAAGGUCGCUGGACAGGCUGAUGUCACUGGCAAGGGCAAAUUGACGAUUGUGUUCUCAUCGCUCUGGUGGAAUGUGAUCCGAAUUGUUCAGGCAGUUUUGAUUAUGCUCCGCAUCGACGACAAGAUCACUUGCUCCUGGGGCGUCGUCUUUAUCCCCCUGUACUUGGUCGGCAUCAAGUACCUUCUCCAGAUCAUCAUUGGAUACAGGACCUUCUCUCAGAUGCAGAACCUCGAAAUGAAGCAGCAGGGACAGUCGCUCAUGGUCGCUGGAGGCGUAGUCUUUGCGAUUGUAGGAUCUCUCUCGUACGCUCUGAUCGGACUUUUGGCAGCAAGAUUGGACGGCCAUGCUUAUGCCGUGUCGCAUGUCUUGAUUCCCGUCUUCAUUGUCCUCUCCAUCCUGUUGUGCUGCUCGGGAUGUUGCUUGCCCUGCCUGCUCCUGGCCAGCACUGCAGGAGGUGAUGAUGAUAUGGAACGCGAUGGAGCCCAGAUCCGCCUGGUCUCGCCCAACCUUCGCAUCGAGAACGGAAACCUAUCCUCGGCAUCAGGCACUUCUUCGGCAUCGUCGAGACGCUUUGGCCGCCGAUCCAACAACAACAGUAGCCAAUCUUAG